AUGUGUGCUGAGAUUGAACAAGAACAUUUUAAAUUGAAAACAAAUGGUGUUUUUAAAACAUUUCGUGGACAGCAGAUAUCAGUCGAAGAAUUAGACAGAUGGAAAAAUAAUAUUGGUACUAUUAUAUCAAUAAAUAGUUUCUUUUCAACUUCAUGCAACAUAGAGACCUCUCUUAAAUUUGCUCGUUCAUGUAUGAUAUCGAAUGAUAUGCGAUCGAUUCUUUUGGAAGUUGAAAUUGACUCGUCACUCGAAAAUGUCAUCUGGGCUGAUAUUAGCCAUAGAGGCCAUUUUAAACAUGAACAAGAAAUUAUUUUCAAUCUCAAUUCUCUUUUCAAAAUUGUUUCAGUUAAUUUUGAUUCAACUUUUCAACUUUGGAAAAUACAAUUGAAAACAACUGAUGAAGGCACUGACAAUGUUGAACAAUAUCUCUCAUGCAUAAAACAACAAAUGGAAUAUAGUUCACCUAUUGUUUAUUUCGGUUGGCUACUUCUCAAUGAACUAGGUCAAGUUAAUCAAGCAGAAAAAUAUUUUCAAAUGUUACUUCGAUCACUUCCAUCAGAUCAUCCAGAUAUUCCAUCAGUAUAUAACGGAAUAGGACGCGUAUAUUCUGAAAGAAAUGAAUUAGAUUUAGCAUUAGCUAAUUAUGAAAUGGCCUACAAGCUGUGGCGAGAACGAUUACAUUCUAAUCCUUCCCACAUAGCUAGGUCACUUCAUAAUAUUGCGAAUAUAAUGAGGGAUAAAGGAGACUUCGAUCAAGCACUCAAUAAGUAUCGAGAAGCGUUAACGAUUGAAGAAGAGAACCAUCCAGAUGAUAAUCUACAAAAAGCGAUUAUUAUUCAAAAUAUUGGCAACACAUUGAUAGAAAAAGGCGAUCUAGAUACUGCUCUCGAUUGCUUGUCUCGUGCACUUGAUAUGCUUGAGCAUAUUUUGCCCGAGCAACAUCCCAAAAUUAGUACCUGUCUUGGUGAUAUUGGAUCCGUUUAUGAGAAAAAGAAUGAUUUUGAAAAAGCGCUCGAUUAUUAUCACAAAGAAUUGGACAUGGAUGAACGCUGUUUACCAUCUGAUCAUCCUCAUCUUUCCAGAGAUCUCAAAAAAAUCGUCAUCACAUAUAAGAAGUACGAGAAAGUCGAUCAAGCUUUAGAAUUUUGUUGUCAAAAACUUGAUCUUCAAAGAACUAUUCCUGGUAAUAAUCAUUCUCGUAUUGCGAAAACAUUGAUGAAUAUGGCUACAAUAAUCGAAGAAAAAAGUCUAAAUAAAGCAGUUCGAUAUUAUCAAGAAGCUCUUUCUUAUCUUCAAAAAUCAACUCAGAUUGAUCAUCGAACAAUGGCCGAAUGUCUUGCAGCUAUGGGUCGUCUCUAUGGGAUGCAUAAAUCAUUUGAUAUUGCAUUACAAUACCUUCUCGAAGCCUUACAUUUGCACCAUAUAUUCUUGUCAUGUAAUCAUUUGGAUGUUGCCUACGUCAAUCAAUUAAUCGGUAUUUGUUAUCAAAACACAAACAAUAAAUCAAAUGCACUCCACUAUUUCAAUGAAAGUCUUUCAAUUUAUCGAGCUACUUAUGGAGUGGAUCACGAAUAUGUGAAACUAGUUGAGAGUGAUGUUGCCAAAUUGAAUGGUGAACAACAGGAAUGCAUUAACAGUACGGCACCAGCUGAGGAAAUCGUCCAUGAUGAACAAUCGAUUACUAUCAUAGUCCAUUCUGACUUACGUGAGUCUUUUAUUGAACCAUCAUCGUCAACUACUGUUGAUUCCAUAACAAUGCCGUCAGUCGAUCAAAAGGAAAUGAAUGAUGAAAUCGAAACUCCUCGCAAAUCUAAAAAUUGUCCAAAAUGUGAAAUAUUAUGA